AUGGCAUUGGCUUCCUUUCUCGCCGGCGCACUACCACUAUCUAUGUCCCUAACCCAGUCACAACUCCGACUGAUUUCAAGUAUCGGCAUUGGCAUACUAGUCGGCACAUCGCUGAUAGUGAUCAUACCCGAAGGAGUCGAAGCAAUUACUGAGGCGUCGAUACCCUCGCAUUCGCAAAACAGGAGGAACUUAUAUAAUGCGAGAGACAUUGCUGCAGUUAGGUGGGAAGAGGGAUCAGAUCCCAUCUCAGCAGGCAGUAUAGACUUGACUAAAAUUUCUCCAAAAGAAUUUGGCGAUCGGAAUGCGUUGGAUAUAGCAAGGAAAGGUAGUCCGGCCAACUUCGAUUUCAACGCCAGGACGCCAGCGGAGGAACCAGAAGCAGUGCCAGGUGGUCAGGCCAAACCUAGCACAGGGAGCCAACACACAGAAUCUGGAGCACCCACUUUCUAUAUUGGACUGUCUCUAAUACUGGGGUUCGUUGUUAUGUUCCUAAUCGAUCGUCUUCCUCGCCAUGCGUCAGAAAACUUCCAGCCACCCCCGCCACCGAGGCAUAUCAGCUUGAGCAAUUUGGGUGGAUCAUCUCUCUCCCGCGACGAGGAAGAAUCCGAAGGCUUCUUAGGUUCUCUGACACCCACGCCAAAGCAGUCGAGAAGCCUAGCAACCACGACAGGUCUAGUGAUACACGCCGCGGCUGAUGGCAUCGCAAUGGGGGCCUCGGCUACUUCGCCAGAUACGAAGCUAGGAUUUAUUGUAUUCAUUGCCAUUAUGGUGCAUAAGGCGCCUGCGGCGUUUGGUCUCACUUCGAUCCUUUUGAAACAGGGUCUCUCCAAACGUGCGGCUCGAGGUCACCUAAUUGUGUUCAGCUUAGCCUCUCCGUUUGGAGCUUGGGCAACCUUCAUCCUUGUUAGUUUCCUGGGUGGAGGUGGUGAAGGUAGAUUAAACCAAUGGUGGACGGGAAUGCUGUUGUUAUUCUCGGCGGGAACCUUCCUCUACGUCGCGAUGCAUGCCAUGCAAGAAGGCGAUUCACCUUCCGGCCACGAUGGCUCGAUCGCCAACGGUUAUGCGGAUGGCGGCCAACGAAAGCAUACCCACCCGCAGAUGCGGGAAACGCUUGCAACGGUAAUUGGCAUGUUCUUACCUCUUCUCACACAGUUCGGCCACCACCAUUAA